UGAUGUCAAAUCGAUGCACCGCUGUGCAUUGUGGGGUGGCGGAUAGCUAGAGAGUUAGCCGCUGCUGUAGCUCUGAAGACCCGGUGGUCGGUCACAAUGUCUGUCGCCUGUUUCUCCUUGAGUCGAUGUGGAGCCGUAGUAUCGCGGGCAUCCGUUGGGAUGGUGGCAGCGCGCUGUGCCCAGACUGCGGCAGCUCCGGCAGCACAGCCCCGAAUAAAGAAGUUUCAGAUAUACCGCUGGGACCCGGACACGGCGGGGGACAAACCGCGCAUGCAGACCUUUGAGUUGGACCUCAACAUGUGUGGACCAAUGGUGCUGGAUGCCCUGAUCAAGAUCAAGAAUGAGAUGGACUCCACACUCACUUUCCGACGCUCUUGCCGAGAGGGGAUCUGUGGCUCUUGUGCGAUGAACAUCAACGGCGGGAACACGCUGGCCUGCCUCAACAAGAUCGACACCGACACCAGCAAGGUCACUAAGAUCUACCCCCUCCCGCACAUGUACGUCGUCAAGGACCUGGUUCCGGACAUGAGUAACUUCUAUGCCCAGUACAAGUCCAUCGAGCCGUACCUGAAGAAGAAGGACGAAUCUCAGCAGGGCAAGAAGCAGUACCUGCAGACUGUGGAGGACCGGCAGAAACUGGAUGGCCUGUAUGAGUGCAUCCUAUGUGCUUGCUGCAGCACCAGUUGCCCCAGCUACUGGUGGAACGGAGACAAGUACCUGGGCCCGGCCGUACUCAUGCAGGCGUACCGCUGGAUGAUCGAUUCACGAGAUGACUUCACAGAAGAGCGCCUGUCCAAGCUGCAGGACCCCUUCUCCCUGUACCGCUGUCACACUAUCCUGAACUGCACCAAGACCUGCCCCAAGGGCUUAAACCCAGCCAAGGCAAUAGCCGAGAUCAAGAAGAUGAUGGCUACAUACAAAGAGCGUGGGGCUAUGGCGUGAGGCAGCCUGCUGACGUGGCACAUCCUCCCGACCCCUGCCACCCGGGAAUAAAUGUGCAUUAUUAAUUUAUGGUUGACGACGUACUGGUUCCGCACAGCUGUCUUCAUGUACACUCCAAUAGAAGGUCUGCUCGGGCAUGUGGGGGGGGGCCUCUGGCUCCGUGUGUAUUGGGAUCAUGAAGGUUUCAUGUUUAACCACAUAAAUUUGCUGCAGACGUGUCACUGCUGACUGUCAUCCUAUAUGCGUUGGAACGCAGCUUCACAUUAAGUUAAGGGUGUGUACAGCCAUGUUUAAAAAAAUGACUCGUCCAUCUCAUUCACAGCAAACAUUGCAAUAAAAAGAACUAAACUUUA